AUGUCUUCUGGUCCCAGUGACCAACCACCGGGACCGUCCGGUACGUUUUGCCACCACGUCAUGAAGCCAAUCAAUUGAAUCGCUCGCUUCAGCCACCAAUCAACAAUGUCCGCGCUGUCCGUUCACCACGAAACAGCCGAAACGAUUGAGAGAACAUGUGGUUUGACGGGGACUUUUUUGGCUGGAAAAAAAAAGGUUUUCUAGGAAUCGCACGACGAACGCGAAGAUGAGAUGGUCGUUUGUCCGAUGUGUCAGGCGAAUAUUCGAAAUGGGGUGAGCGUUUUAUUGAAAUGUCCUGAUAAAUGUGGAUUUUGUCAGCCAGCAUUUCAACAUCAUUUGUGGGCGCACGAAUCGGAUCGUCCGUACAAGUGUGUCUACUGCGAAAAAGGAUUCGCGAGACAAGAUCAGGCAGCCGCAAACUUAGCAAAUUACCGCUAAACGCGUCAUUUUUGUGUUUCCAGCGCGACAAACACUACAUGACUCACGCGGCUCAAUUCAAUGAAUUCGAGUGUCCGGUGGCCGGGUGCAACGUCGCCUUUUCGCUCAACAAAAUACAGCGGACACAUUUGCGGGUGCACGAAAUAUCGCAAAAAAAUGUGGCAACGUGUAAAGGAUGUACGAUGACUUUUGACAAGUCGUUCCGCAUUUUCAAUCACUAUCACAUCAACCAUGGUGUCAUUUUUCGGGAUCUUCAGGUCGGGCCGAUAUUCUCCAUAUCUAGCACUUUGUUUUUGUAGUUGACAACUUUUUUGUGCGAACACUCCGAAGACCACUGUAGCUCUUGGAAGUUGAGACGUUUUAGAACAAUUAGCAGAAAUGCUCAACUUCCAAGAGCUACAGUAACCCAGAGAGUGGUCGUACAAAAAAGGUGUUAACUGAAAGAAUAAAGUUCACAUUUUAAGCUUCAUUUUUGUAGUUGACAACUUUUUUGUACGAACACUCCGAACACAACUGUAGCUUUUGGAAGUUGAGACGUUUUAGAACAAUUAGCAGAAAUGCUCAACUUCCAAGAGCUACAGUAACCCAGAGAGUGGUCGUACAAAAAAGGUGUUAACUGAAAGAAUAAAGUUCACAUUUUAAGCUUCAUUUUUGUAGUUGACAACUUUUUUGUACGAACACUCCGAACACAACUGUAACUCUUGGAAGUUAGCGUUGCCUUAUGAUUCUCUGCUAGAGGCGUCCUAACUUUCAAGAGCUACAGUACCCCAGAGAGUGGUCGUACAAAAAAGUUGUCAACUAAAAAAAGAAAGUACAUGUCUGGCACUGUAUUUUUGUAGUUGACCACUUUUCUCUAAAACCACUACAAGAACUAGUGUAGCUCUUGGAAGUUAGCGUUGCUUUAUGAUUCUCUGCUAGAGGCAUCCUAACUUUCAAGAGCUACAGUAACCCAGGCGGUGAUUGUAGAGAGCUCUGUUAUAGACACACUCGAAGUAGAGCAUUUUUAUGUUUUAUUUUCCAGAAAAAGGCGCAGUUGGAUCCAUCAAUUUCAUGUCCAGACUCAUCGGACGGGUCCCCGAGCAAAAUAGCGCGAAUGGAUGAGCACGUGGUCCCACUGGCUCUCAAUCUAAACGAGGGAAUGCACGGAAGCGAGACCGCGGUGAGUUUCAUUUCAAUUUUACAGAUUUUUCAUUGAAAAAUGACUGAAAUACUCUCUUUUCCAGACCACCAGUUCAAGUAUUCCACAAUCAAUAGCCAGCAACGUCGGCGCCCACGAAACGCCGAGUUUGACCGAAGAAACGGUAGGGUUCGGAGAAAUUGCUUCCAAAUUUUCUGGUUUUUCAGGGACCCACUUACUUUACAUUGUGA